AUGGCUGAUAAUCCUGAUAAUCUAGAAAUUAAAGAUAAUGACAGCGGUGGUAGUGGUAAAAAAAAAGAAUAUUAUAUUACAAUUAGCAAUGAUGGAGAAUAUAUAGCUAGACUUGAUUGUAGUAAGGAUGAAAGUUUAAGACUAAAAAUUACACGUCACGAAAAUUUUGAAUUGUUAAAUAAUGUCAGUGACAGUGAUAUAGGACAUGACAAAGUAAAGAUUUGUGAUAUUGUUAAAAAAUUAACGUUUUUAGAUGAACUUGAUCCAUAUGUAAAACCUUCAGAUGUAAAAGGGGUUAUAGAAAACUAG